UGUGUGUGUGUGUGUGUGUGUGAGAGAGAGAGAGAGAGAGUGUGUGUGUGUGAGAAAGUGUGUGUAUGUGAAAGUGUGUGUGUGUGUGUCUCUCUGUCCGUGUACAUUUUCUAAAGGACACACACACAUCUGUUUUUGUGGAACGAAGGUGUUGUUAUCUUUGAUCGUGUACCUAUUCAAAUCGAAGCGUCGCUGCGGCCAGCUGAUUCGCUUCACAUUUGCAAUUCAAACCAACUUCCUCGUUUUGUGACACUUCCCACUGAAUUGUGGGAAAUGUAGUUUAGCUUCUUUCUUUUCUUUCUUUUUUUUUCAAAUAUUUGAUCUUGUAAUCAGGGGAACCACAAUAUUGGGUCAAUCAGCAUGCUUACACAAGCAAAAGGAGCGUGUGUGUGUAUGGGUGUGUGUGUGUGUGUGUGUGUGUGUGUGUGCAGACUUUCUGUUAGUAAUAAGGAAGUGCAAUUUACACUUGAACUUUGUGUGCUUUACUGGAUUUAUGGACAAGCUGCACAGAAUAUAUUUAUAUAUAUAUAUGAGAGAGAAAGAGAGAGUGCAACAGAGUGAGACAGACAGGUGAAGGACAGACAGGUGCAGAGAGAGAUGGAUAGUUGAUGAAUGACACAAAAAGAAUAAUAGGGAGAAGUGGAGGAUGAAUGAAGAAGUCAGUGUCGUAUGGGAGGGUUUUAUUUGCCCAGACUGUCGUUUCUGUCUGUCUCAAAGGUCAUGGAGUCAGUGGACUCUACUCUCCUGCCUCGUUCAUCGUUUAGCCAGUCAGAACGACAGAGAGAGAGAGAGAGAGAGAGAGAGAGAGAGCACUACUGUUACAGCUGCACGACCACUACCACCCGUCUCUCUGCACUCUCGCUUUCACUGUUCGCUGAAAAAAAGAAAAAGGAAGGAAGAAGUUUUGUGUGUGACAGCACAUGAGAGAGGGACAGAGAGAGAGAGAGAGAGAGAGGAAGAGGGAGGAACAUAAACGGCGUAUAUAGUCGGAGAAGUUGACAGACCGUUGAUCAUUCACAAAGCGGCGAAAACAUUUUUUCGGAGUGACAGACAAAGAUGGUUCGGUGGUUCCACAGAGAUCUGUCUGGUUUGGAGGCAGAGACUCUCCUGAAGAAUCGUGGAGUUGACGGUAGUUUCCUGGCGAGACCGAGUAAGAAGAACGCUGGUGAUUUCUCUCUGUCCGUCAGAGUGGGGGAUGGAGUGACACACAUCCGUAUCCAGAACACAGGAGAUUUUUAUGAUCUGUACGGAGGGGAGAAGUUUGCGACUCUGUCGGAGUUGGUGGAGUAUUACACCGGAGAACAGCACGGGGUUCUGCAGGACCGAGACGGAACCAUCAUCCAGCUCAAAUACCCACUCAACUGCUCCGACCCUACCACUGAGAGGUGGUACCAUGGUCACCUGUCGGGUCCGGAUGCGGAGAAGUUGUUGCGUGAGCGUGAUGAGGUGGGGAUGUUCCUGGUGCGUGAGUCUCUGUCCAACCCAGGGAACUACGUCCUGUCUGCUCUCACGGACGAGAAGAACACUAAGGGCAAGAGGGUGUCUCACAUCAAGAUCCUCUACAGUAAUAACGGCUACACGGUGGGGGGGAAAGAAGUGUUCGACACACUGACUGAGUUUGUGGAGUUUUACAAAAAAACACCAAUCGAGGAAGUCACUGGAACCAAAGUUUACCUGAAACAGCCGUAUUUCUCCACCAGAGUGAACGCGUCCGAGAUCGACCGUAGGGUGAAGCAGCUGGAUCAGUCCAUUGAGCCACAGAGUGAAGAAGGAGGAGACAAAAAGAUCAAAGCUGGAUUCUGGGAGGAGUUUGACGCUCUGCAGAAACUCGACACCAAAAUGAAGAAGAGCAGAGCCGAAGGGAUGCGGCCGGAGAACAAAAGCAAAAACAGAUACAAAAACAUCCUGCCUUUUGAUGAAACCAGAGUGAUUCUGCAGUGCCACGACCCCAACGUGGUUGGAGCCGAUUAUAUUAAUGCCAACUAUGUCAAGAAUAAGAUGUACGAGAGCUGUCCUCCAAAAGUCUACAUUGCGUGUCAAGGCUGUCUCGCAACAACUGUCACUGAUUUCUGGCAAAUGGUGUGGCAGGAGGAGUCCCGGGUCAUCGUCAUGACGACGAGGGAGGUCGAGAAAGGACGGAAUAAGUGCGUGCCGUACUGGCCCAACUGUGACGAGACCAAGGAGUUUGGGAAGUACGUGGUGACGCCCGUGUCUGAGAGAGAUGCUGAUGAUUAUAAAGUCAGAGUGAUGGAGGUUGCACUGAUCGACGGGAGUGAGAUGCCGAGAGAGAUCUGGCACUUUCAGUACCUGAGCUGGCCGGAUCAUGGUGUCCCUGAGAAGCCAGACAAAGUCCUGAGUUUCCUCACACAGGUCAACAGCAAGCAGCAGGACUUUCCCGGGGCGGGGCCCAUGAUCAUCCACUGCAGUGCUGGUAUUGGCAGAACAGGAACCAUUGUUGUCAUCGACAUGCUGAUAGACACAGUCGACGCUAAAGGUGUGGACUGUGAUAUCGACAUACAGAAGUGUAUUCAGAUGGUGAGAGAACAGAGGUCGGGGAUGGUGCAGACGGAGGCACAGUACCGCUUCAUUUAUCUCGCCAUGCUGAAGUACAUCGAGUCUCAGAAAGACAUACAACAAGCCCGAAUGUCCGCAGAAACGGAGUAUGGAAACUUGUCUCUACAACCCAAACACGCUAAAGCCUCCCGCAAAGUGUCCAAGAAUAAAGAGGACGUGUACGAGAAUCUGGGAGCGAAGGGGAAGAAAGAUGUAAAAAAGCAGAAAUCGGAGGAGAAGAAGAGCGGCUCUGUGAGGAAACGAUAAGAGUCAGCUGGAAUAACGAUGAAGGACUCGCCUGUUCUCACCUGUUUCUUAGUCAUGCCAGUUAAACAUUAUUAUUAUUAUUAUUAUUAUUAUUAUUAUUAUUAUUAUUAUUUUGUCAGAUUUAACACAGGACAGAUAUUAAUGAUUUAUUUAGUAAUUUAGCAAUGAUUCUGUAAACUAUGAUUUUAAAACAAAUACGUUUACAAUAAACUGUUUCUCCAACAAA